AACAGCAGCUAACCACUUCCUUUUCUCUGCGCCUCCUCCACAAAUACAUGUACAAAAUGAUGAUGAAGUUUCCGUCUUAAUGAUGGCCAUUAUGUUCAGCCUGAACCAAGCAGCUCUGCUCUCCUUUCAAGUAUUAAUUAUGUGCCAAGUCUUUGCAGUUGAGCACAGGAACAUGCUGGUGUCCAGGGGAGACCCCGUCAUCCUCACUUGCAACAUAUCAACGACAAAUGCAACACAAAUCACCUGGACCAAAGGCAGAUUUGUUUUUUCUUAUCUAGUCUUCCUCAAUAUGACUUUUUCAAAUUUCACCUCUCACAAUAUAGACGUAAACCUACCUACAAAGCUGAAUAUUUCUAGUGUUCAGUAUGAUGAUACAGGACUAUAUAAAUGUGAUAUUUUUGACAAAAGAGGUUCCUGGACUAUCAAGUGGAAUUUAACGGUGUCUAGGGAACCUGAAGAAAUCAGUCCAUUGUGGUCUUUUCUACACAUACUCACAGCUGUAACUGGAUUACUAUGUGUCUUCACUUCAGCUGUCUGCCUCUACAGAAAAAAUUGGACCAAGACCCCAAACCAGGACCAAGAAAGCUGGGCCUUGAGCUACGCUCAGUUUCGUGUUCAGUUUGGAAAAGAGGUGGCUCCUCCUGCUCCUUCCCAAAGUUGUGCAGAAUACACAACACAGCCCAGACAGAGGGAGUCGGUUCGUCUAGAGGCUCAACUCAAUCCUGACAAGCAUGAUGUUCAGUAUAAAGCUGAAUAGCAAACAAGAGGUGUGUUGAACAGAAGAGAGACAACACAUUUGAUGAUGGCAACUGCCCUCCUUGGUGACCCAUGU